AAACGAAACGGCUCAGCUCAACGAGCGGCUGGCCUCCCACGCAGUCCGCCUGCACGAUCCGGUGGGCCCGGCGCGACCCGCCCGUCCCCGCGCCCGGUCCACCAGCGCCAGCGCAAGCGAGGCAGCCCGGGCGCGGAGCCCUGUCCGUGCACCGGGUCUAGGCGGAUCCGGUGGAGCCACCAACCCCUCCUUGCCGGAAGUCCUAGCGCCACCAGUUUAUAUACCCGCCGGUGGGUACCCGCGCCUCACACCACCACGCAGCAGUGCGCCCAGCCAGCCUAUCUACCCCCCACCCCUCGAAUUGUUCCCAUGGCCGCCGCCAUUCGCGGAAGCCCUACCCGCGCCGCCGCGCCGACCCAGCCGCGCGCGGUGCUGCGGGUGGCGUCGUCCGCCGCGCCAGCCUCCUCCUCCUCCGCCCGCCCGCGCAGGGGCGCCGUGGCAGAGGCCGCAAUGCAGCCGGCCAAGGCGGUCGCCGCGGAGGCGGCCUCCCCCGCUGCCGCGCUGGAGAUGGGGAACGGCGCCGCGGUCGCGGGGCUGCAGCGGCCCGACGCCAUGGGGAGGUUUGGGAGGUUCGGCGGCAAGUACGUCCCCGAGACGCUCAUGCACGCGCUCACCGAGCUCGAGAACGCCUUCCACGCACUCGCCACCGACGACGAGUUCCAGAAAGAACUUGACGGUAUUCUCAAGGACUACGUUGGACGUGAGAGCCCCCUUUACUUCGCGGAGCGCCUGACGGAGCACUACAAGCGCGCUGAUGGCACAGGCCCGCUCAUCUACCUCAAGAGGGAGGACCUCAACCACACGGGCGCCCACAAGAUCAACAAUGCUGUGGCGCAGGCCCUGCUCGCCAAGCGACUUGGGAAGCAGCGCAUCAUUGCCGAGACAGGGGCUGGCCAGCACGGUGUCGCCACCGCCACCGUGUGCGCCCGUUUCGGGCUGCAGUGCAUCAUCUACAUGGGCGCGCAAGACAUGGAGAGGCAGGCACUCAAUGUUUUCCGGAUGAAGCUUCUUGGUGCAGAGGUGAGGGCUGUACAUUCUGGGACAGCAACCCUGAAGGAUGCUACUUCAGAGGCUAUCCGUGACUGGGUCACUAACGUGGAGACCACACACUAUAUAUUGGGCUCUGUUGCUGGCCCGCACCCGUACCCGAUGAUGGUGAGGGAGUUCCACAAGGUUAUCGGCAAGGAGACCCGGAGGCAGGCCAUGCACAAGUGGGGUGGCAAGCCGGACGUCUUGGUCGCUUGCGUCGGGGGUGGAUCAAACGCCAUGGGCCUGUUCCACGAGUUCGUUGAGGAUCAGGAUGUGAGGCUGAUCGGAGUGGAGGCAGCUGGCCAUGGCGUAGACACCGACAAGCAUGCGGCGACUUUGACAAAGGGCCAAGUUGGAGUUCUCCAUGGAUCUAUGAGCUAUUUGCUGCAGGACGACGAUGGGCAAGUUAUCGAGCCCCACUCCAUCAGUGCUGGACUGGAUUACCCUGGCGUUGGACCUGAGCACAGUUUCUUGAAGGACAUCGGACGCGCUGAAUAUGACAGCGUGACUGAUCAGGAGGCACUGGAUGCUUUCAAGCGCGUCUCCCGUCUGGAGGGCAUCAUCCCGGCCCUGGAGACCUCCCACGCGCUCGCCUACCUGGAGAAGCUGUGCCCGACCCUGCCGGACGGCGUGAGGGUGGUGCUGAACUGCAGUGGGCGAGGCGACAAGGACGUGCACACCGCCAGCAAGUACCUGGACGUCUAGAACACCGGAGAGGAGGGCUGAAUGAGAGUUUUGCAUGCCAAUUUUUGAAGGGUUCAGCAGUUAUGUAGCGCUGUUUUUUUUGUGAUAAGAGUACAAAUAACCUGGAAGCUAAAGCUAGUAUUGUUGUAGCCGCCCUUUGUUCUUUUUUUGAGUUGUUGUUCUGUAUCUGAAAUGUUUUGGAGUGCAUAAUGAUCAAUAAACAAGUAAAUACCAAAAUCUUUGUCCAUGAUUUGUUUGGCCGAGGAGUGGAGAAGAAUAAAGUGGCUCUAUCCA